GGGCCUGAAAUUUGAAAGAGUUGCUGUGAUCGGUGCGGGUGUCAGUGGACUUGCGGCUGCGAGACAUCUCAUAGAUUAUGGACUCGACGUAACGAUCUAUGAACGAUCUUCAAGACCUGGGGGCGUUUGGUGAGUUAUGUUUCUAUACCCAGUUCCCUCCGAAGCCACCGGGGGAAAAACUGAUAUUAAUACGAGAACCUAGGGCAUACGAUGAAAGAAAACCGCUUGAAUACAAAUAUCCAUCAGUUUUACCGUCGGUUGCAGGCCUCUACUCAGACGCGGAUUCAGACAGCGAGGAUGUUACGUUGCAGUCAGAAUUCCCCCAGGAAGAAAUACUCAAGUUAAAGCACGCACCACCAGGCCCUGCAUAUUUUGGGUUGACAACAAACAUCUCAACUAAGCUCCAAGAAAUGAAAGACCAUCCAUGGAAGGAAGGCACAGGUGAUUUUGUUAAUGUGAAGGUUGUUGGUGAUUAUCUGAGCGAUUAUGCCAAAAGAUUUCACCUAGAACGUUUUCUCAAGUACAAUACUAAAGUCGAAACGAUUAAGAAGGUAAAUGGGAGAUGGAUUGUGAAAUCAAAGCUUUUAAACAAGACUCGUGACGGAAAUGUGGAAUUCCUGGAAGAAGAAGAGGUAUUUGACAAAGUAGUUGUGGCGAGUGGGCAUUAUCACGCCAACAGAGUGCCAGACAUCAAAGGAUUGAGUGAAUGGAGGAAACGUUAUCCUGAAAGGGUUAUGCAUUCGAAGGCUUACAGGAAACCCCAAGAGCUUGCAGGCCAGGUUAGUAAUAACACCCAAUAGCACUACCGUUGACUGACUUUUGUCAGAACGUUCUUUUAAUCGGGGGGAGUGUGUCCUCGACAGACAUUGCUAGGGAGAUCAACGGUAUUGCCAAGACAGUUUAUCAAUCCACUCGAGGUGGCCAAUUUGAUCUUCCACUUGACUUUUUACCUCCAAGCGCAAAGAGAGUCGGAGAAUGUGUGUCUUUUGAGUUCGAGACGGGCAGUGAAGGUCGAGGGAUCGCUCAUUUGAAAGAUGGGACGACGCUUAGUGAUAUCGAUAAAGUGAUAGUUUGCACAGGGUAUCAUAUUUCGUAUCCGUUUCUUCAUCCAUAUCACAACGACCUAAUAUCCCCAGCCGAAGCAAAUGAAACAGUCCUUGUAACUGACGGAACGCAACUCCACAAUCUUCACAAAGACA